AUGUACGUCAACAACCUGAUUGAGGAGCUCAGCAGAGCCGGCAUUGGGUUCUCAGUUAGUGGUAAAAUAAUGAACAAUAUCAGUUACGCUGACGACAUGGCUCUGCUGAGCCCUUCGAUCGGGGCCCUCGAGACUCUGAUCGGAAUUUGUGAAAGGUACGCGGAGGCCCACGGUCUCAGAUACAAGUCAAAGAAAAGUGAGCUACUCUUGUUUAAGGCGGGUACAAAAAAGCCGAUGUACAUACCACCACUAAAACUUGGAGGAGUUGAGUUGAAAACUGUCACUCAGUUUAAGUAUCUGGGGCACUGGGUCACCGAGGACCUCACUGAUGACCUUGACGUGGAGCGGGAGCGUAGGGCAUUAGCGGUGAGAAGCCACAUGUUGGCUCGCAGUGCGUCGGGGAUGUUUGCCGAAGCUCGCGUGGAUGGCUUCCAAGCCAUAAUGCGCAAGAGAGUGGCCUCCCUGAUGCGCCGUGUUAGGGACAGCCCCAGCAGCCUUCUGAAUACUGUUAUGGACAGAAUAUUCGAUAUUCUUAAUGCCAAAGAACCUUCGCUACUCAAAUUCUACGAUGAAUGGCAAAUAGUCAUAUCAAAAUAG